GAGUGAAGUGAUUGUGUGCCACUAUCCGUGCAGCACUUUGUCCUAUUUUUACGCUGUUGUUGCAGACUGCAAAGCGACUUUUUGAUGAUGCAUUGGCCAAAGAAAUGAGUUUAUGCUGUUAAUGUUAGAUUAGGAGUUGCAGUUAUGUCUUCUCAGAGGGGCGCCGCUUCGGGGAUCCAAGGGCUUCUCAUCAAACUUCACGAGUCACUUUCAGACGAAGACAAACGAGCUGCAGCUUUGACAUGUCACGAUAUCGUCGGUGUUUUGGGACAAGAGUGCAUGCUAACUUCCACCGAGAAUGACCUCGCAUUACAGACUUCCUUGCUGUUCUCAAAAGACUAUGGACUGCUCAUCUUCCUCAGGAAGUCUUUGGCAUUGGAGGAGCUACGAGACACCAGACAUGACAUCUUGUCUUUUCUGGAGAAGUUUCUGGACAAAGUCUCACCGAGAGUCAAAGGUUGGGAGAAAACAUAUGCCACUGACAUAAGAGACUUGUGCAUGACCGUGUACACAAAGGAUAAGGCUGCCAAAUGUAGGACUCAAGUGAUCGAUCUCCUGAUCAAGGUUCUCCAAAUAACGAAAGCUUCCAGUGUCGCUGCAGACUUCAGAAUCUGUGAGGUAUUCAACAAAUAUUACAGCGAGCUUUGUCAGAAGAGCAGACUGCCCGAUAGCGUUCUGGGUAAAAUCUACGAGUUGCUGGGAAUUCUUGCAGAGGUUCAUCCCAGUGAGAUGGUCAACAACUCAGAUAAACUCUACAGAGCUUAUCUUGGGGAGCUGAGAGAGCAGAUGACCUCUUCAACGAAGGAGCCCAAGCUUUUUGUCGUUGCUGGAUGCUUGAGGGGAAUCACUGCCCUCAUGGUCAACUUUACCAAAACCAUGGAGGAAGACUCUGCAACGUCCAAGGAGAUUUUUCAAUAUGCCAUGAAGUCGAUCACUCCCCAGAUGGAAAUGAGUCGCUAUGCAGUCACAUUUGCGGGGCUCAGACUGUUUUCCAGACAUGCAGCCCAGUUCAGCAGCUGCCUGAUGGACAACUACAGAGCUCUGUUUGACACCAUGUGUAAGCUGUGUGGACACAUCAAUGCUGAGAUGAAGAAAACAAGUUACUAUGCACUUGAAGCCUUUCUCAAGCAGGUUGCAAUGUUGGUGGCUGACAAUAUUGAAGAGCACAAAAGCAAGUUGAAGUUCUUCAUGCAGAAGUUCUGCGGCAUCAUUAAAACCAUGGAUUCGACACACAAAGAACUGUCUAUUGCUAUAAGAGGAUAUGGAUUCUUUGCAGCUCCAUGCAAGAAAGUUUGCCCACAAGAUGUGGACUUGAUGUAUACGGAACUGAUCCAGCGCUGCAAGCAGAUGUACCUGACAGAGUCUGAGGAGGAGGACGAAAACUUCUACCAGCUGCCCAGUUUCUUGGACUCUAUAGCCAGUGUCCUGAUUCACCUGGACAAGAUUCCAGAGGUGUACACGCCGCUGCUGGAGCGCCUGCUCGUGGUGCAGAUUGACAGCUACCCCCAGUACAGCGAGAGAGUGCAGUUCACCUGCUGCAGAUCCAUCAUCAAAGUCUUGGUGGCCGUAGCCUCUAAAGGACCCGUUCUGUGGAGUUUUAUCAGCUCUGUGGUGCACCAGGGUUUGAUUCGUGUCUGCUCAAAACCCACUGUGAUUUCUGAGGAGGCUGGAGGUGCUCCCUCUGAGUCUUCUCAGGUUCGGACGGGGAAAUGGAAAGUUCCUUCCAGUAACAACUACCUUCCGCUGUUUAAAACGCUUUUAGACUGUGAUCAGUUGAAGGAUUCGGGGUUUUUGGACGGAGCUUUUGAAAGUCAGAAUGGUGCUCUCGGGUCUUUGAGCCAUCUUCUGUACGAUGAGUUGGUGAAAUCAAUUCUGCGUAUCGUGGACAAAUUGGACUUGUCUGUGCAGAAAAUAACAGGAGAGGAGGCUCCAGAUGACUCAGCCCACUUCCUGCCCUCAUCCGACCCCACAGCUCAUCUCUUACCCAACAAGGUCAAAGACUUCACUGCUUUCAUCAACCUGGUGGACUUUUGCAGCGAGUUGCUGCUGGUGAAACACUUGGAGUACUUCCACUCCUGGAUGUAUCCCUUGAGCCAUGAACUUAUCCUGCACUCCAUACGAAACCCACUCGUCAGUGGCUUCUACAAGCUGCUGACCGUCACCAUGAAAAUUGCCAAAAAAGUAAAGUACUACCAGGGAGUUGGUCUGAGAAGCUCUACAUCUCCUCAGAGUGACCCAGUGAAGAUGGCUUGCUUUGCCCUCUUCUCAAAGUUUGGGAAAGAGGUGUGCGUCAGGAUGAAGCAGUACAAAGAUGAGUUGCUGGCAUCCUGCUUGUCGUUUGUUCUUUCACUGCACCACAACAUGGUGGCUCUGGACCUGAAGGCCUACUGUCCUGCUCUGGAGACGGCUCUGAGGAUGGGUCUGAGCCACGCUCCUCUGGCCAACGCAGCCCUGGAUGCUCUGGAGGACUGGUCCUCCCACGUUCCCCUGGAGACCAUGCAGCCCUGCUACACAAGCAUCCUGCCUCUCCUGGAUGGAUACCUGAAAACCACCUCCAAUAACGGCAAAGAUGAGAGCAACUGGGAGGUGAUAUCUUCUCUGUCUUCGAAAACUGACAAGGGAUACGGCAAAGUGAUGAGAAGGCUCCUGAAGGAAUCCAAAAAGCUUUCUGUGGAAGAUGCUCCUCUUGACUUAGUGAAGCUCAGAGUGGUGAAGCUGCUUGGUCACCUUGGAGGAAAGCUGAAUAGAAACCUCGUGACUGUGGUAUCCUCAGAAGAAAUGAUGAAGAAGUUUGUCGCCUGGGAUUCUGAGAAAAGGCUCAGCUUUGCGGUGCCGUUCACCGAUAUGAAGCCAGUCAUCUACUUGGACCCAUUUCUGCCUCGCAUCAGCGAACUGGCUCUGUCCACAAGUGACAGACAAACCAAAGUGGCAGCCUGCGAGCUGCUGCACAGCCUGGUGGUCUACAUGGUGGGGAAAAGCGCUCAGAUGGUUGAAGGGGAGAACAGAUUGCCGCCUAUGUACAAGCUGCACAGACGACUGUUUCCCGUGCUACUGCGUCUCGCCUGCGACGUUGACCAGGUGACCAGGCAGCUCUUCGAGCCACUGGUUAUGCAGCUCAUUCACUGGUACACAAACAACAAGAAAUUUGAGAGCCAAGAUACGGUAGCUGUUCUGGAGGCUAUUCUGGAUGGUGUGAUCGACCCGUUGGACAGCACUCUCAGAGACUUCUGUGGCCGCUGCAUCGAAGAGUUUGUCAAGUGGUCGAUCAAGCAAACCACCCCCAAGCAGCAGGAGAAGAGCCCCACCAACAUGAAGUCCUUGUUUAAGCGUAUCUACAGCCUGGCUCUCCACCCCAACGGCUUCAAGAGACUUGGUGCCGCCUUAGCGUUCAACAGCAUCUACAGACAGUUCAGGGAGGAAAACUCGUUGGUGGAGCAGUUCGUCUUUGAAGUUCUCGUCAUAUUUGUGGAAAGUCUUGCUCUGGCCCACUCGGACGAGCGAUCGAUGGGUACGUUGCAGCAGUGUUGCAGCGCCAUCGACCAUCUGAAGAGGAUAAUCAAACACAAAGCCGUCAGUCUCAACCAGCACAAUAACAAGAGACGAGUCCCAAGGGGGUUUUCCCCCGAUGAACGCCUGUGUCUGCCGAAUGUGGUGGCGUGGCUGCUGGAGCAGUGCGGCCGACCGCAGACCGAGUGUCGCCACAAAUGCAUGGAGCUCCUCUUUGAAUUUAUUCCCCUGCUCCCAGGAAAGCAAUCUCCACCUCAGUGGUUGGACGACAUGUUGAAGGAGCACGGCAUCGACUUCCUGAUCUCGCGGUUGGAGGGUGGGGGUCUCCUCUCCCAGCCCACUCUCAGGAACCUGACGGGUCCUUUCAGCGUUCGAGCCACGCUGCAGUGGAUGGACCUGCUGCUGGCCGUUCUGGACUGCUACAACACCUUCAUCGGGCUGCACAUCGUCAAGCCUCAGCACCUUCUGAGCUCAAAAGACAAAUCGAGCUUCCUGAAAGCCACACAUUUCCUCCUAACGGAGCUGGCAGCCCGUGACCUGGCAGCAGCAGAGAGCUGCUUCCCUCUCGGCGAGCGGACGUCUCACUUCAGCCCAAGAGAGGUGGAGCAGUACAACUACAGCAAAUGCACCAUCGUCGUCCGGCUGCUGGAGUUUGCCUCGAUGAUUCUUGUCAAAGGAGACCAGGAGUUUUGGAAGCUCCUGGAACAAGACGUCUUCUGUGCCGUAUUCUUUGAGUUGGUUGCAACGGUGGUUUGCGAGCCAUCCGCUGUCGGUUUCAACAUGGCCGAUGUGGAGGUGAUGAAGAAGCUGCCGGAAGUCUGCGUUCCCCUGCUCAAAGCUGUGCUGGCUUCGCCUUAUAGCAGUCAUCUCGAAAGCAGCUUGCGGGCAAAAAUUUCUCAUAAAAGUGUGGAGGACUUGUGUGCUGUAGACCUUUACCAGUCAAGCGCAGUCAGCCGCCACGACCAAAUGGAAAUGCUGCUUUCUUCCUGUAAACAGAUACAUAAAGCAGGUUUCCUGAACUCCAUUCUGCACAGCAAGGAUUCCUCUUAUAGCAGAUCCCUUGCCUCCCGACUUCUGAUGACGGUGUAUAAAGGCAUCGCACCAGGAGAAGAGAGGAAGGCUCUUCCAUCCAUGGACGUGAACACCAGGAGAGUGGCCGAUGGCCUGCUCCAGCUCGCCUUUUCUCUUAGUCAGCAGAGUGAACAGCUGGUGGAGUUGCUCUUGAACACCAUCAUGCUUUCUGUGCCGGUGUCUGACACUCACAGCCGCAACUUCCUGAGCUUCUCGCAUGGCGAGUACUUCUACAGCCUCUUCCAGACGACGAUCAACACCGAGCUGCUGAGGAAUCUGGAAACAACAGUGCCACAGCUCAUGAAAGCCUCCUCUCAGAAUCCCAGCAUGGUGAGCGUGCUGCUCAACGGCAUGCUCGACCACAGCUUCAGAGAGCGCUCUGUGAGGAAGACUCAGGGGAAACAGCUGGUUGAAGAGGUGCUGAGAAAGUGGAUCAGUCUGCAGUCGUGGUGGGACGGACAUUCAUCCACUCCAGAGAGCAAAACCGCCACUCUGCUGUUGCUGUCCAAGCUCCUGCAGAUUGAUUCCUCUGUCUGCUCCGAUAUGAACCAUGAAGCAUUCAGACCGGUGUUUUCCACUUUCACUCUGUUGUUGCUUGACAUGAACCUGCCGCUGAAUCUCAAGAGUCAGGCACUGUUGGUGUUGCCUUUCUUCACCACUCUCCCGGAGGAGCCGCUCGCUGAGCUGCAGAGAGCGCUCGACGCUCUGGUCGCGUCCCACUUUCCCAUGCAGUCGGAUGAGUUCGCUAAGGGCUCCCUGCACCGGAACAACUACAUGGAUUGUGUUCGGAAGCUGCUGGAUGCCCUGGAGCUUUCGCAGAGCCCCCUCCUGCUCAGACUGCUGGCAUCGGUUCUGUGCCGAGACAGUAGACACAUCAUGGAGGAGCAAUUCAUGACCUGCUUCCAAAGAAUUGCAAAGCGGUCGGACAGUGAGCGGCAGCUGCAGCUGCUGGGUACGGUGUACGGCCUGAUCCACAAGGGUGACGUGUCCUCGAGCUCCGUGCUGCAGGCCAUGAUGGAGAGGGUUCUGCUGCCCCUCGUCUCACACUGUGGCACCAAGGCCCUGACGGACUUCUUCGUGGCAAAUGUCUUUGACAUGAUGGCUUUCUUGAUCGCCCGCUUUACCAAGUCAAGUGAAGCAGCGUUUGAGGUCCAGCUGCUGAAGAAGAACGGUUACUACAAGCUGAUGGAGCUCCUGUAUUCACGGCUUCCCAAAGAGGACCUUUAUUCCAAGGAAUCCCGCGUAAACCGAGCCUACUGUCGCUCCCAGACAGCGGAGGGGAAUGAGUUGUCUAAGACUCUGAUCAAGUCAUGCUUCGAGGCCUUCACUGAGAACAUGGCCGGGGAGACUCAGCUCCUUGAGUUCAGGAGACACUACCACUGCGCUGCUUACAACUGCGCCAUCGCCGCUGUCAGCUGCAGCUUCAGCGAGCCCAAGUUCUUCCAAGGCUUCCUCUUCAGUGAGAAACCAGAGAAGAAUCAGUUCAUCCUGGAAAACCUCAUUGAUGCUGAAAGGACCUACAACUUUCCAGUGGAAAUUGAGGUGCCAUUGGAGCGAAAGAAGAAAUACAUUAUGAUUCGAAAAGAAGUUAGAGAGGAAAAUGGAGAUGCGCCCGUCUAUCUGUCCUCUCAGUCCUACAUGGCCGACAGCAGCCUGAGUGAGGAGAUGAGUCAGUUCGACUUUUCUACGGGAGUCCAAAGCUUUUCCUUCAGCUCACAAAACCCCCAGGGACAAAAACGCACUGUUGCCAAAAGAGAGACGGAGGAAACAAAUCCAACCCAGGAUUCAGGCGUGGAUUUGGAAAUGGAUGAGUUAAAUCAGCAUGAAUGCAUGGCAACCAUGGCUGCGCUGAUUGGACACAUGCACAGGAACAACAUAACCCCCCAGAUCAAAGAGGGAGAUGUACCUAGUGAGCUUCCUCCCUGGAUGAAAUUCCUCCAUGGAAAAUUGGCAAACCCAGCAACGCCUCUGAACAUCAGACUUUUCAUCUCAAAGCUGAUCAUCAACACAGAGGAGGUCUUCCGGCCGUAUGCCCGGCACUGGCUUGGUCCACUUCUGCAGCUCAUUGUCUGUGGAAACAACGGAGGCGUGGGGAUCCAUUUCAUGGUGGUGGAUGUUGUGGUCACAGUGCUGUCCUGGACGAGCCUCACCACUCCCAAGGGUAACCCCAGAGAUGAAGUCCUUGCCAACCGGCUUCUAGAGUUCCUGAUGAGGCACAGCUUUCACACCAAAAGGGCCGUUUUCCGCCACAACCUGGAGAUCAUUCGCACUCUGGUGGAGUGCUGGAAAGACUGUCUGCACGUGCCCUACAGUCUGAUAUACGAGAGGUUUUGCGGCACUAACCCGGACAGCAAAGACAACUCAGUUGGACUCCAGCUGCUGGGAAUCAUCCUGGCCAACAACCUCCCCGCCUACGAGGCUUCUUGUGGAAUUGAAUAUGAAAGGUACAUGCAGUCCCUCGCCAACAACCUGUCAUUCGUGAGGUAUAAAGACGUCUACGCAGCUGCUGCUGAAGUCAUCGGCCUCGUCCUGAAGACCAUGACUGAAAUGGGCAACCACCAAGAACUUCUCAGUCUUACUGCAAGUAAGAUAACACUUCUGAAGAAAAAGGAUCUGGAUGACAAGUUCAUCAUUUGCUUGAACAAAGUGUCCAAACACUUCCCUCCAUUCAUGGAUCGGUUCGUCAAUCACGUGUUCAGUCUCCUGCCAAAGCUGCACGGCGUCUUGAAGACGUUUUGUCUGGAGUGUGUGCUGAGCAGAGCUGAUGUGAUUCCAGACAUCUUCCUGCAGCUGAAGAUCACGGGCUUCAUCCAGACGAUGGCCCAGCGGGAUGAAGCGAGACAAAGGGUGUGUCUGGACAUCAUCCACAAGAUCAUCGCUCAGCUGACGCCGGUUCAGCUUCAGGAGCUGCUGGGAGCCGUGACGGCGUUUGUCUCUCACCCUUCACCUGUUUGCAGGGAGAGGAUGUACGACAUCCUCAUGUGGAUCCAGGAUAACUACGGUGAUGACGAGAGCAUGAAAGACGACACCUCACUUGAGAUUUUGAGGGCAGCCAAAGAAACCCUGCUGCAGGGACUGUCGGAGGAAAACCAAGGCCUGCAGCUUUAUGUCCGUAACUUCUGGAGUCAGGAGAAGCGCCUCCCCACUGCCACCCUCGAGCGAAUGUUGAUGGUGCUCCGUUCUCUGUACUCUUGUCAAAUUGAAAGGUGUUUUUUAAGCUUGGCAACAAACCUGCUGCUGGAAAUGACCAGCCAGAGUCCUGACUUCCAACGACACAUGUUCGAAUAUCCGCUGUCAGAGUGCACCUUCCAGGACUACAUCAUCGAUUCCAACUGGCGCCUCAGGAACACCGUAAUGACGCCCAUGUUUGUUGAAACCCAGAGCUCUCAGGGCCCAGAGAGCGUGGCAGCCUCCCAGUCUGGAGCCAUGAGGGGGAAGAUCCGAGCCACUCAGACAUCAUUAGAGUUCACGCAAACACAAAUAUCAGGUCGACGUACGUCGUACAACUGGCUGACGGGCAGCAGCGUGGACACGCUGGCUGAUUAUUCGCUCGGCUCCGAAUCCCUUUCAUCGUUGCUGGUGUUUGAUAAGAAAGAGAGGCAAGCGCGAGCGAGGAGACCGGUGGGAGAAGGGUUUGGUCUGCGGCGCCUGACUGCACAGACGGACGAGGUGGACAGUCGCACCAGAGCUGAAAAUGAGCGACGGAGUAACAUCCUGAGACUGAGACGCAGGUUUCUCAAGGAUCAGGAGAAAGUCAGCUUGAAUUUUGCACACAAAGAGAUACAACAGCAGAGGCAGAGAAAGGAAGAAAAAGCUGAUCAAAGGCUCCGAAAAGAGGCCCAGGUGACUCUGUAUCGUAACUACAGAGUUGGCGACUUUCCAGACGUCCAGAUCCCUCACAGUAGCCUAAUCGCCCCCCUUCAAGCACUCGCGCAGAGAGAUCCCAUUUUAGCCAAACAGCUGUUUAGCUCCCUGUUUUCCGGUAUCCUCCAAGAAAUGGAAAAACAGCGCAAUCCCGAGGAGAGCGGGAGGAUUAAAGAGGAGCUGCGCUGCAGCAUGAAUACGUUCCUGAGCAAGAGCUCGCUCUGCUUCCCCCCGUUCAUAGCAUGUGUGCAGGAAAUGUGUUAUCAGCACAGGGAGCUACAGCAGCUCAGUCCAUCAGCCAUCAGCAGCACGUGCCUCAUGAGUCUGCAGCAGCCGUCGGGCAUCCUGCUGCUGGAAGAGGGUUUGCUCCAUGCCAGCGGGCUGGAAGAACAGCCUGCCAAGAGACCUCGAGGACGCAGAGAAAUCCCCCCCGACACCAAUAAAUGGAUCCACCUCGCAAGGCUUUACAGAUCUUUGGAGGAUUAUGAUGUCGUACGGGGAAUCUUUGGUGGGAAAGUCGGGACGAAGCCAAUCACCUCCACUGCACUUCAAGCCGAGGCCAACACUGACUUUUCAGAAGCUGUGAAGCGUUACAACGAGGCUCUUAACACUGAGGACUGGCCUGAUGGGCAACCCACUGACUCUGAGAAAGACUUCUGGGAAACGGCUGCAAUGCAAGCCUACAGUCAGCUGACCGAAUGGAAGUCUCUCCAGUACUGUUCAACUGUGUACAUCGAUGAAAACACUCCACCCGACCUGGACAAGAUGUGGUCCGAGCCUCUCUACCAGGACAUGUACCUGCAGCACAUGAUCCGCAGCAUGUUGAAGCAGCUGCAGCUGGGCGAGAGGGACCAGACGCUCCUCAGCUUUAUUGACAAAGCCAUGAGGGUGGACGAGCGCAAAAAGCUGCUGGAAAGUCAGUACAGCCAGGAGCUCAGUCUGCUCUACAUCCUGCAGGAAGACUACGACCGCGCCAAAUACUACACCAGCUACGCCAUGCAGCUCUUCAUGGAGAGUUACUCCAGCGUGGACACGCUGCUGACUCAAAGCCGUCUGACCAUCCUCCAGUCAGUGCAAGCCUUGACUGAGAUCCAGGACUUCCUGCUGUUCAUCAAGGGAGAAGUGUCCGUGGGUUCCCUCAAACGCCUCAUUAGGUUAUGGACGGAUCGGUAUCCUGAUGCAAAAGUGGAUCCGGUGAACAUCUGGGAUGACAUCAUCACAUCUCGGUGUUUCUUCUUAGACAAGAUCAGUGAAAAGCUGCGAGGCCAGGCUGCCGGUGACAGCAUGGAGGUGGACGAGUCACAAGACCCCGCAGGUGACGUGGAGACGAUGGUGAACGACUGCAAGUUCAACAUGAAGCUCCGCAUGGCUGACAGCGCGAGGAAGCAGAAAAACUUUCCAGUCGCCACCAAGCUGCUGAAGGAGCUUCACAGAGAAGCCAAAAGCAACCGAGCCAGGCUGCUGCGCUGGGUCCACUGCUUCAGCCGCUACACCCACAGGCGCUGCCUGGCCCAGGGGCCGCUGGAGCAGAUCAGUGCUGUGCUGAAGAUCGUCCCACUCCUGGAGGACAUUCAGUCCGACUGUCAGAGCGCCUCAUCUAAAGUCUUCAGAUCCCAGAAGAUACUCCAGGGAACAACUUUCCAUGUCCUGGCCACUGCUGUGAGCAGAAGCCCGUCAGUCCUGGGAAGUCUGGACUCAGAGAAAACAGAGAGAGUUGUGAAGCUCUCAGGAGCUCCCGGGCCCAGUCCAAAGGAAGUUGAAGUCGGGUUGCAGCUGAAAGCUCUGAAGCUGCUGCGUGAAGCAACCAGGAAGGCUGAUGAGGAACUUCAGUCUUACGCUCAGGACUUCGUGGAGAGCAGCAGCAUCGUGGAGACGUACAUGGCGCUGGCGAACUUCUGUGACAAACUGCUGCGAGAGGAGGAGCAGAGUGAUGCUGAAAACCCGUCUCCAGAGCUGCAGGAACUGCCCGUUCAUGUCAUGCAGUGCAUGUCGAAAGCUCUGAAGCUGAACUCGGAUGAGGCUCGUCUCAAGUUCCCGCGUCUGCUGCAGAUCAUUGAACUGUAUCCAUCCGAGACCCUGGAUGUCAUGACAAGAGAGAUGACGUCGGUUCCUUGCUGGAUGUUGAUUAGCUGGAUGAGUCAAAUGAUGGCGUUGCUGGACAAGCCUGAAGCCGUGGCGGUGCAGCACUGCAUUGGGCAGAUAGCGGAGAGUUACCCUCAGGCCCUGGUCUACGCUCUCAUGAUCAGCAGUGAGAGUUACCAGUUUGAGGACUCGGCCACGGGACACCAGCAACGGGAGUUUGUCAACCGGCUCAGGAGCAUGCUGGAUAAAGGGAGCGCCGUGAAGAACUUUGUGGAUGCUCUGCAGCAACUUACAAACCCUGAAAUGCUUUUUAAGGAUUGGUGGGAAGGUGUGAAAAAUGAACUGGAGAAGCCAACUUUUGACAGAAAGCAGAUGGGUGUCGUGUACGAGGAGAUGCGUUCCUCGCUUGGAGAUCGAAGCGCUGACGGCUACGGGGCGUUUCGCAAGAAAUUUAUCCAAAAAUUCUUCAAAGACGUGGAGAAACUGCUGGGAACCAAUGGUAGCAAGCUGUUUGAGAAGAGGACGGACAAAAACUUUCUGAGUCAGGUUGAUAAACUGUCAGCAUCCAUGCAUGGAUUUCAGAAGGAACCGGGGAACCUGAAGGAGUACUCGCCCUGGCUCAGCGGAUUUAAAGCAGACUCUUUCAGCAAUGAGUUGGAGAUCCCAGGACAGUAUGAUGGCAGGUCGAAGCCAUUACCAGAGUAUCACGCAAAGAUUACCGGCUUUGACGAACGGGUGAAGGUGAUGGCUUCUAUCCGUCGGCCCAAGCGUCUGAUCAUCCGCGGGGAUGACGAGCGGGACCAUCCGUUCCUGGUCAAAGGUGGGGAGGACCUCCGACAGGACCAGCGCAUCGAGCAGCUUUUUGCCGUCAUGAACAUCUUGCUGAGCCACGACACGUCGUGCACACACCGAGGCUUGCAGCUGCGGACCUAUCAGGUCAUUCCCAUAACCACCAGAAUUGGUCUGAUUGAAUGGAUGGAAAAUACGUGCACUCUGAAAGAGUUCGUGACGAACACGAUGACUGAUGACGAGCGGCAAAGGGCAGGGGGGGCUCUUGAAGUUUACCAUAAUUGGCUCUCAGGGUUUGCCGAGAAGUCCAAUACCCCUGAUAUUCACCUGUAUGGAUCAGCUUACCGGAAGGCAAACCGUGACAAUGCGGUCAAGAAUUUUCUCAGAGUAACGCAGCAGGUGCCCAGCGAUCUGCUGAAGAGAGCUUUUCUGAAGAUGUGCAACAGUCCUGAGGCCUUUCUGUCCCUGCGCUCCCACUUCACCAGCUCUCACGCGCUGCUGUGUGUGAGCCACUGGAUCCUGGGGAUCGGAGACCGCCAUCUCUCCAACUUUAUGAUCAAUAUGGAAACGGGAGGCAUGAUUGGCAUCGACUUUGGUCACGCGUUUGGCUCGGCCACACAGUUCCUCCCUGUACCCGAGCUCAUGCCCUUCCGGCUGACCCAGCAGUUUGUGAAUCUAAUGCAACCCUUGAAGGAGUCGGGCUUGAUCCAGAGCAUCAUGGUUCACUCCCUACGAGCCUACAGGGCCGAGCCGGACCUCCUGCUCAACACCAUGGACGUGUUCGUCAAGGAGCCCUCGCUGGACUGGAAGAACUUUGAGAUGAAACAGCUGAAGAAAGGAGGCACGUGGACCGACUGCACAAACACCAAAGAAAUCAACUGGUAUCCGCGGCAGAAGGUGAACUUCGCCAAAAGGAAGCUGGAAGGAGCAAACCCAGCUACUAUAACCAGCGAGGAGCUGAAGCUGGGCUUCGAGAAGAGCCCCGCCUUUCCAGGGAUGCAGGCUGUGGCUUUGGGGAGCGAAAAGCACAACAUCCGAGCAAAGCUUCCUGUGGACGGCUUGACGGUGGAGCAGCAGGUGGACUGUCUGCUGGACCAAGCCAUGGAUCCCAACGUCCUGGGCAGAGUGUGGCAGGGCUGGGAACCGUGGAUGUGAAACUUCUGUGAAGAAGGAUCGUUUACAAUAAACCAGGGUCAGGAAGGCAAAAAUGUCAUUUGGGAAUUUUAAUACUGUAAAAUUACUGGAAGUGCUUGGAAUUAAAUAAAUGGUGACAAGUUUGUCCACUA